AUGGAGUUGGAGAAACUACAGCUUGAAAAGGAGACGGCUGCUGCCGUAGCUGAAGCAGAAGUUCUGAGGGAAGCUGCCGACGAGCUAAAAGAACGGUCCAGCUGCAACCACUCAAAACUCGACUGCACUCCCACUGACCCUAACACACGGGUCAGAGAAUACUUAGCCGACCAAGCAAGUCAAGCGAAACAAGAGAUGACUGGACCCCAACCACCUGUUAACGAAGAAAUCGUUCAGGGAUACCAGCCAGGGAGCCCAGACAGACCUACCCAAAAACCACCUAUUAUCAGCUAUCACUCCCUAACUCACGUGUCGAAGACACCGAACCUCCUAACGACCGGUACCCCACCAACACCAGGGACGCCUCCCAGUCUCAAUAUACCUCAGACCUUGGGAGCUAGGGAAGAUGGAAACCUUCCUGGCCUCGCCUACCUGGACACUGCUCGAGGGCUCCGCCCCUUUAUAACCAAACUACCAUCCUCACUUCAGGACAGAUGGCUGUCUGUUGGUUCCGAAUAUAAGGAGCGGCACCAAGUUACGUUCCCUCCUUUUAAGUGCACACAAGUUUGCGGUGGUGACCUCUCAGAAAAGUCGUGCUCCAAGAUAUGUCUCGUCAAUGUUUACCCUGCAGACCAACCAGACAAAACAGUUAGGAUGUACGCCAUCAUCGAUGAACAAAGCAACCGGUCUUUGGUACGCUCAGACUUUUUUGAUACCUUUAAAAAUGAUGGGCCCAGUUUCCCUUAUUCCCUUAAAACUUGUGCCGGAGUUAUACAAACCAUGGGAAGAAGAGCGUCAGGCUUCCAGGUGGAAUCCUUAGACGGAAAAAACAGCCUUCCACUUCCAAGUCCCGUCGAAUGCGACAAAAUACCCAACGACAGGUCCGGCAUCCCAACUCCUGAGGCAGCCCUCCACCACCCACAUCUGAGAAAAAUAGCUCACCUCAUCCCCACCGUGGAGCCUAAAACUCCUAUAAUGCUCCUUCUGGGGCGCGACAUUCUAAGGGUACACAAAGUGCGCCAACAAAUAAACAGCCCCCAUGAUGCCCCAUAUGCACAGAAACUGGACCUAGGAUGGGUCAUAGUCGGCAAUGUCUACUUAGGGAAAUUUCACCCACCCACCAUAAUAAACACAUUGCAUACACAUAUAUCUGAUGGGGGACGCCCCACCCUUUUCGAUUCGUGCCCGAACAAAUUCGAAAUUAAAGAGAGCUUCGGCAUCAGCAAGAGACCAUACUCUACUGAGAUGGAAGACCACCUAUUUCAACGGACCAGGGACGACGAAAGGGCGGCGCCUUCUAUUGAAGAUAUUGCCUUCCUGAACAUCAUGGAACUGGGAGCUGAGAAAGACAAAGACAACAGUUGGGUCGCUCCUCUACCCUUUAGAUCUCCCCGACGUCGUCUCCCUUAUAACAGGAAACUGGCAGAGAGACGACCUUCUUCACUGAGACGUAGCCUCGAUAAGAAACCAGAGAUGCAGAGACACUUCCUUUCAUUCAUGGAAGGGCUAUUUGAGAAUGGUCAUGCUGAAGCGGCCCCUUCCCUCAGAAAGGAAGAAGAAUGCUGGUAUUUGCCCAUCUUUGGUGUGUACCAUCCUAAAAAACCCGGAAAAAUUCGAGUAGUCUUUGACUCCAGCGCCAAACACGAUGGAGUGUCCUUGAACGACGUCUUGAUAAGCGAACCUGACCUUAACAACACCCGGGUCGGGGUCCUCACCCGUUUUCGUAAAGAAAUCGUCGCCGUCACCGCAGACAUCGAACAGAUGUUCCACUGUUUCUUAGUGAAAGAACACAGAAACUUCCUGAGAAUACUCUGGUAUCGCGACAACGACCCAACCAAAGGAAUUGCUGAAUACCGGAUGAAAGUUCACGUUUUCGGCAAUAGUCCAUCCCCAGCCGUGGCUAUCUAUUGCCCCAGACAAGCAGUCAGAAAGGGCCAGCCUAACUAUGAUCCGGCAGUCGAGGAGUUAGUCAACCGGAAUUUCUAUAUCCUUGACUGUCUAAAAUCGCUCCCUUACUGUCGAAGCUACAGUCUCCUUGCUCCAAAGAACACGAGACAUCCUUGCCGGAUCCAACUUAAGGCUACACAAAAUAGCCUCCAACAAAGAAGGAGUUAUGACUGCAAUCCCACCCCAGGACCAUGCGAACAACCUAAUGGAUCUGGAUUUGAGCAAGGAUGA